AUGUCCGUCGCGACCCUGUCAAAGUCUCUGCCGAAGCCGAAAUAUGCGGGCGAUGUGGAAGAGCUAGAUACCUCACGGAACGCACGCGUGCUGCCCGAACAUUCGACACAACUCGCGAAGCGACAAAACGGGCCCCCUCCGUACGGCCAGCGCACAGGAUGGCGGCCCCGCACAGCAGAAGAUUACGGAGAUGGUGGCGCGUUUCCUGAGAUACAUAUCGCGCAGUAUCCGCUUGAUAUGGGGAGAAAGGGCACUGCGAGCUCAUCGAAUGCGCUUGCGAUGCGCGUUGAUCAAGAGGGAAAAACGAAAUACGACGAAAUCGCACGACGGGGACACGCAGAAAACCGUAUAGUGCAAGCCAGUUUCAAGGAUCUGAUACCAUUACGGCAGCAGGCGAAUGCGGGAGAGCUGGAUUUGGAGCGACCGAGCCAGGAGAUGGUGCAGGCCACGAAAGAGAAGACACAGGCAGCGCUCAAUGCGCUGAUUGCGGGGCAGACUGCCGCACAGAAGCCGAAGACGGUCCAGGGGAGAGCAAAGGAUGAACCUACAUUUGUUCGGUACACACCUACGGCGCAAAUGGGCGAAGCACAAGGCAAGACGCGCAUUCUCAAGAUUCAACAACGACAAAUGGACCCGAUGGAACCACCCAAAUUCAAGCACAAGCGCAUCCCGCGCGGUCCUCCCUCGCCUCCGCCGCCAGUCCUCCAUUCCCCCCCGCGAAAGCUCACAGCAGAGGACCAGGAAAUGUGGAAGAUCCCUCCUCCCAUCUCGAACUGGAAGAACCCCAAAGGGUACACCGUCCCGCUAGACAAGCGUCUCGCAGCCGAUGGCCGCGGCCUCCAAGACGUAACCAUCAACGACAAAUUCGCGCAAUUUGGCGAGGCUCUCCAAGCUGCCGACCGCCACGCUCGCGAAGAAGUAAAGCAACGCGCACUCAUGCAGCAGCGUCUCGCCGAGAAGGAAAAACUUCAAAAAGAAGAACACCUCCGCAACCUCGCGCGGCAAGCCCGCGAAGAUCGCACCACGCACUCGCGCCGUCGCUCUGCCAGCUACUCGUCCGCAUCCUCGCAUUCCGACUCCGAAGACGAAGCCGUUCGCCGCCGCGAAGAAGCCCGUAAGGAGCGCCGUCAGGAGUUUCAGCGCGAACUUCGCCAAUCCCGCAUGGGCACCGAGCGCAAAUUGCAGGUGCUCGCCCGCGAGCAAAAUCGCGACAUUAGCGAGAAAGUUGCGCUCGGGCUGGCCAAACCCACACAAUCAGGCGAAGCAAUGUACGACUCGCGCCUGUUCAACCGAUCCUCUGGCUUCGACGCCGGGUUCAACGAAGAUCAGGCGUACGACAAGCCGCUGUUCGCUGCGCAGGACGCUAUUGCCAGCAUCUACCGACCGACUGUUAACCAGGACGAUGGCGAGGACGCGGGCGAAACGUACGAUAAGAUUACGAAAAGUAGUCGGUUUGAGGUGCUGGGCAGGGCGAAGGAGGGGUUCAAGGGCGCGGAUGUGCAGGAGCAGAGGGAUGGGCCUGUGCAGUUUGAGAAGGAGAAGGAUGAUCCGUUUCAGAUUGAUAAGAUGAUCAAGGAGGUUGCGGGGGAGAAGAGGAAAGGAGAGGAUGAAGGGAGGGCGGCAAAGAGAGCGAGGGUGGAGGAUGAAAGUGAUUAA